ACAGCGAGCAUGGUGCCAGUGUAGAAACAAAAACUCACGAAAUAACUUUCAGUGGCAGUAAGAGAAGGAGAAACGAUAUGAUGGGACCCCAUAGAAGACGAGACGGGAACUUUUUGUUGCUGUAUGUCGAGCAAAAGGCUGAAAGUGAAAGUGAAAGUGAAAGUAGGAUUCGCUGAACCGCACACUGGGGCGGAGUUACACUAUAGUCUACAGCUAGGCGUCAACCAGGAUGUUGGUACAAGUCCCAGUCCACCACUUCUGAAACAACGUAUUUUCAACGUAUUCCGUGAUGUCUUGCUCUAUAGUGCAUGGCGAUGUGAUAAGCUGAACUGUGACGGCCAGUACAGAUGAGGACAGUGGACACCGUCUGGUAAUGGCCACUUCCGGUGAGCAGACUGGAGGUCACAUGGCCACUUCGGGUGAGCAGACUGGAGGUCACAUGGCCACUUCGGGUGAGCAGACUGGAGGUCACAUGGCCACUUCCGGUGAGCAGGUUGGAGGUCACAUGGCCACUUCCGGUGAGCAGGUUGGAGGUCACAGGACCACUUCUGGGGAGCAGGUUGGAGGUCAUAGGACCACUUCCGGGGAGCAGGUUGGAGGUCAUGUGAACAUAUCUGUGUCGAGGGAACACUUGGCUAUUUCUGAUGUUGACACUGCAAGUUCAGAUGAGGAGUACCUCACAGCAGAGGAUGACUCUGGCAACAGCGUGGUCAGUUCAGACGAGGAACCUGAAGGUCGCCUGGUAAUGGCAGGAUCAGCUGAGCAUGAGGAGGACCUUGUGCUGGUGAGCCAACCAGUCACCAGAUUAGGUACAGGUGAACAUCCUUCAGGGAACUCCCAGGUGGCCAACACUCUGAACAUCUUCACUGGACCAGCCGGACAAGGAACACUCGGGAGAGGUACCCUUGAUUUGCGCACAGACGAAGCGAGGAAGAUUUUUCAUCCAACCGAACCAUACAAAACAGUGGAACAAACAUUGAAGGAAUUUGGUCAUGUGACCAUCUGCGGGGCUUCAGGAGAAGGCAAGACAACGAUGGCUCUGGUGUUGGGUUCACGGUAUAGACGCAAGGGCUAUGAGGUCAUGUUUGUGGACAACAUUGAGAAGUUCGACUUAGACCUCUGUCUUAGUAGACACCCCAGAGUAUUUCUCAUAGUAGAUGACAUGUUUGGUACUGUUGGAUUAUCUGCAAAUAUGGCACAGAUGAAGUCCUUUCUAAACAACAUUCUCCUCCAUUUAGAACAAAAGCAGACUGCGGAAAAGCUGCAGUCAGAAAUGCAUAAGUCAGAAAUGCAUGAGAGCAGUGAUGCUGUAGGUACAUCCAGAAAGAAAGUGCAGAGUCAACCAGAAUGUCAAACAAAGGAUAUUCGUGUUGUCUUCACAUCAAAGUCGUACAACUUCCAUGAUGGACUUGCAAAACUGCAAUAUGAGGGUUUCAAACUGUUCAAAGGUCAAACUGUAAUGGAUUUAACCACACAAGAUAAAUACUUGCUUUCUGACAAAGAGAAAAAGACAAUAUUUGAACGACAUAAGAAUGCUCUUGGUGACUGCUCCAAAGAACAUAUACCAGAUUACAGUGAGCUGGAAAUGUCUUCAAAUAUCUUUGGAUUCCCUCUUAUUUGUAAACUUUGUUUUGAAUUUGCCUCUUUCUACAAAAGUACAAAGUUAUUUUUCAAGGAACCACUGUUUUAUCUAAGGUUAGAGCUAAAGCAUUUGCUUGAAGAGAGAAAUGACCGAUCAGCCAUUUUGGUUCUGAUGCUACUGUGUGAAGACAAAUUGGACCUGGCCAAGUUAGACAGUGGAGACGGGGACAAGGAAAUGGACAGCCUGGUCAAAACUGUUUUACAGCUGAUGUCUGAUGCAACACGUUCAGGCAUGUACAAAGCAGCUAAAAGUUUGAGAGGUACAUUCUUCACAAGAGGAGACACUGUUGGCUUUGCUCAUUCUUCAAUCUAUGAUGCUUGUGCCUGUGCCUUCUACAAUAUCAGUCCAAUCUUUGUUUUGAAGCACUGCAGUGAUGAUUUUCUGUUUGAAAGAGUACAAGGUGAUAAGGUUGAAGAAACCAAAGUUGACGAUCAUCUCCAUUUGAUAUAUGUCUCAGAGAAUUAUGAUGACCUGCUUACCACAAGGAUUGCACAGUCUAUUAAACAAGGACAGUUUUCUAAAUCAGUGACACAUCCAAUUCUCAAACAAGACAGGACAGUUUCGAAACUGCUUAACAAACUUCGGAGCGAGGGGAUGAAACCGCUUCAUCAGCAUAAUCAAACUGAUUCUAAGGAAGAACCUUGGUUUCACAAGAAAGAGAAAGGACAAUGUUUUCUGUAUUGGGCAGUUCUUGGACAUAAUGCAUGUCUAGUUACAGAUAUAGAACACACAACUGGAGAAGAGUUAACUCAAGGAGAGAUCAGUGAGGCUUUGGAAGUAUGUGCACAAAGCAACAACGUGACAGCAUUGAAAUGGCUGUUCAGCAGGAGUGAGAAAAAUGACCAUCAAUUGACACUAAACAGACUUUCGUUGGUAGCUGCUGGAAAUGGCAGCUCUGACACACUAGUGUAUCUGCUGCAGGAAGGUGCUGAUAUUAACACCAGUGACAAGGACAUGCAAAACAGCUUACAUCUGGUCUGUAAAUCAGGAAUGGAAAAAACCCUGAAAGUCCUGUUAAACAGGAAGCCUGGGAAUAAUGUUAUAAACUCUAUUGAUGUGAAUGGCAGGACCCCAGUCAUGGUUGCAGCACUAACAGGAUCAGAGGGAUGUUUUCAGUUACUGCUGACAUUAUCAAACUUGAAUGUGAAAGAUAAACAUAGCUACGGAAUUAUUCAUCUUGCCUGUGAGGGUGGUAACAAGGCUAUAGUGCAACAUGUCCUUUCCCCUUCUAACAUCAACAGUAGAGGGAUGAAAGGAUGCACACCAGUGAUGAGGGCAGCUGUCAGUGGACAUGAAAGUGUGUUUGACCUCCUUGUGUCAAACCAAGCUGACUUCACACUGGUGGAUACAUCUGGUGAUAGUUUACUUCAUCUUGCCUGUCAGGGUGGGAACACAGCUAUAGUACAACAUGUCUUGUCCCCUUCUAACAUCAACAGUAGAGGCAGACAUGGAUGGACACCAGUGAUGAGGGCAGCUGUCAGUGGACAUGAAAGUGUGUUUGACCUACUUGUGUCAAACCAAGCUGACCUCACACUGGUGGCUACAUCUGGUGAUAGUUUACUUCAUCUUGCCUGUCAGGGUGGGAACACAGCUAUAGUGCAACAUGUCCUUUCCCCUUCUAACAUCAACAGUAGAGGGAUGAAAGGAUGCACACCAGUGAUGAGGGCAGCUGUCAGUGGACAUGAAAGUGUGUUUGACCUCCUUGUGUCAAACCAAGCUGACUUCACACUGGUGGAUACAUCUGGUGAUAGUUUACUUCAUCUUGCCUGUCAGGGUGGGAACACAGCUAUAGUACAACAUGUCUUGUCCCCUUCUAACAUCAACAGUAGAGGCAUACAUGGAUGGACACCAGUGAUGAGGGCAGCUGUCAGUGGACAUGAAAGUGUGUUUGACCUCCUUGUGUCAAACCAAGCUGACCUCACACUGGUGUCUAUAUCUGGUGAUAGUUUACUUCAUCUUGCCUGUCAGGGUGGGAACACAGCUAUAGUACAACAUGUCUUGUCCCCUUCUAACAUCAACAGUAGAGGGAUGAAAGGAUGCACACCUGUGAUGAAGGCAGCUGUCAGUGGACAUGAAAGGGUGUUUGACCUCCUUGUGUCAAACCAAGCUGACCUCACACUGGUGUCUACAUCUGGUGAUAGUUUACUUCAUCUUGCCUGUGAGGGUGGGAACACAGCUAUAGUACAACAUGUCUUGUCCCCUUCUAACAUCAACAGUAGAGGGAUGCAUGGAUGGACACCAGUGAUGAGGGCAGCUGUCAGUGGACAUGAAAGUGUGUUUGACCUCCUUGUGUCAAACCAAGCUGACCUCACACUGGUGUCUACAUCUGGUGAUAGUUUACUUCAUCUUGCCUGUCAGGGUGGGAACACAGCUAUAGUACAACAUGUCCUGUCUCCUUCUAACAUCAACAGUAGAGGAAUGUAUGGAUGCACUCCUGUGAUGAGGGCAGCUGUCAGUGGACAUGAAAGUGUGUUUGACCUCCUUGUGUCAAACCAAGCUGACCUCACACUGGUGGAUACAGAUGGUGAUAGUUUACUUCAUCUUGCCUGUCAUGUUGGGAACACAGCUUUAGUACAACAUGUCCUGUCUCCUUCUAACAUCAACAGUAGAGGGAUGCAUGGAUGGACACCAGUAAUGGUUGCAGCUGUCAGUGGACAUGAAAGUGUGUUUGACCUCCUUGUGUCAAACCAAGCUGACCUCACACUGGUGGAUACAUCUGGUGAUAGUUUACUUCAUCUUGCCUGUCGUGGUGGGAACACAGCUAUAGUACAACAUGUCCUGUCCCCUUCUAACAUCAACAGUAGAGGGGAGAAUAGAUGGACACCAGUGAUGGUUGCAGCUGUCAGUGGACAUGAAAGUGUGUUUGACCUCCUUGUGUCAAACCAAGCUGACCUCACACUGGUGGAUACAUAUGGUGAUAGUUUACUUCAUCACGCCUGUCAGGGUGGGAACACAGCUAUAGUACAACAUGUCCUGUCUCCUUCUAACAUCAACAGUAGAGGCAUACAUGGAUGGACAGCAGUGAUGAAGGCAGCUGUCAGUGGACAUGAAAGUGUGUUUGACCUCCUUGUGUCAAACCAAGUUGACCUCACACUGGUGGCUACAUCUGGUGAUAGUUUACUUCAUCUUGCCUGUCAGGGUGGGAACACAGCUAUAGUACAACAUGUCCUGUCCCCUUCUAACAUCAACAGUAGAGGGGAGUAUAGAUGGACACCAGUGAUGGUUGCAGCUGUCAGUGGACAUGAAAGUGUGUUUGACCUCCUUGUGUCAAACCAAGCUGACCUCACACUGGUGUCUACAUCUGGUGAUAGUUUACUUCAUCUUGCCUGUCGUGGUGGGAACACAGCUAUAGUACAACAUGUCCUGUCCCCUUCUAACAUCAACAGUAGAGGCAGACAUGGAUGGACACCAGUGAUGAAGGCAGCUGUCAGUGGACAUGAAAGUAUGUUUGACCUCCUUGUGUCAAACCAAGCUGACCUCACACUGGUGGAUACAUCUGGUGAUAGUUUACUUCAUCUUGCCUGUCAGGGUGGGAACACAGCUAUAGUACAACAUGUCCUGUCCCCUUCUAACAUCAACAGUAGAGGGGAGAAUAGAUGGACACCAGUGAUGGUUGCAGCUGUCAGUGGACAUCAAAGUGUGUUUGACCUCCUUGUGUCAAACCAAGCUGACCUCACACUGGUGUCUACAUCUGGUGAUAGUUUACUUCAUCUUGCCUGUCAGGGUGGGAACACAGCUUUAGUACAACAUGUCCUGACCCCUUCUAACAUCAACAGUAGAGGCAGACAUGGAUGGACACCAGUGAUGGUUGCAGCUGUCAGUGGACAUCAAAGUGUGUUUGACCUCCUUGUGUCAAACCAAGCUGACCUCACACUGGUGGAUACAUCUGGUGAUAGUUUACUUCAUCUUGCCUGUCAGGGUGGGAACACAGCUAUAGUACAACAUGUCCUGUCUCCUUCUAACAUCAACAGUAGAGGGAUGAAAGGAUACACACCUGUAAUGAAGGCUGCAUACAGUGGACAUAAAGAUGUGGUGGACCUCCUUGUGCAGCACCAAGCUGACCUCACACUGGUGGAUACAGAUGGUGAUAGUUUACUUCAUUUUGCCUGUCAGGGUGGGAACACAGCUAUAGUUCAACAUGUUUUGUCCCCUUCUAACAUCAACAGUAGAGGGAGUGAAGGAUACACACCUGUGAUGAAGGCUGCAUACAGUGGACAUAAAGAUGUGGUGGACCUCCUUGUGCAGCACAAAGCUGACCUCACAUUACUAACAGACAGUAAUGAUGACAUUCAAUGUGUAGCUCAGAGGGGAGGACAUCCUACACUAGCCAAGUAUCUUCAAACUGUUAAACAGCCUCACUGAUUGACGUGUCUCCUGUAAAAUGGUUUAUGAUUGAUUUAAUGAACUAAAAAGGGUCAAUCACCAUGUAAGACUUAAAGAGUGCACCUGGAGAUAUGAUGUGGUGGUUUAAGUUUUGUGGAAAAUUCAAUGGUUCAGUGCAGUUUUUAGAAGCGACUCCAGUGACGCCAGCAGGAUGUGGGCAACCAUGGAAUUCAGUUGUCAAGGAAGCACGAUAUUGCAUAUAACAUAGCAUUGUGUGAAAAAGGGACAAAACCCUUUCCAUAUUUCUAAGAAAUCACUGCCGAGAACAGAACCGAUUGUAUGAUUCCAUCUGUAUCAUGAGCAUGUGCUUACGAAUCACUAUCAACAUUAUGAAGUCAUCGAUGGAAUGUGCCAGACUGAGGCCAAUGUCUCAGCUAUUUGAGUAUUAAAGAAAAAGUGCAAUAUAAAAUUACUGAUAUCAUGUUACAAUGUAAAAGUACAUUACCUGUUUCGAGAAUUGCGAGUGUUAAACAGUAUUUGAUCCCCAUAAAUUUCAUGUGGAACCAAUAUGUUUGUCUCCCAGCAGACAUCCUUAGAGAAUGCAGAGGCACUUGAUACUGUACCUGCUUGAAGGCAUUCAUAGUGAUCUGCUGUCUUUGUGAAGGAUGCUUCCCAGCUAUCUGUCAUUUGU